AUGUCUCAACAGCAAGAGGCUGCUGAGCGCCAACAACAGCAACUUCUUCAGCUGCUUCUUGAUCAACAAGAGCAGCGAAAAAAAGAACAAGAACAACAGUUGGAACAGCGAAAAAGAGAAGAAGAACAACAGUUGGAACAGCGAAGAAGAGAACGGGAACAACAGCUGGAACAGCGCAGGCUUGAUAGAGAGGCACAAGAACGAUCCGAAACUAGUCUACACGAACUGUUCCGGACGACUGUGGCAGCUCUUCAGGCUGUUCAUCAGGUUCAGGAGAACCGGCUGUCACUCCACGAGGUUCCAGAGUCGUUACGCCGCUUCUCUCUCCUGUUCCUUCUCCUGUUCCCGUUUCCGCUGUUCGACAGGUCCGACAUCCAGGACGAAUCCAGGAUGUUCAAGAUUCAAGGUCUGUGCCUUUUAUUAGGGAAGUAG